AUGAAGACUAGCUCCAUCAACCCCCUGAGCCGCAUUGCGAGCAACGCGCCUUGGACCUGCACCAGUUGCCGCACGCAAGUCCUCGCUCGUUCUAAACCGACACAUCAAUCCUUGUCCCGAAAGUACGCCACAGGCCCGUCCGCCUAUUCGAGACGAAUAUCGAAGCCCCCAAGAGCCAAAACUGCCAUCUUGACCGCCACGGCAACUGGCGCGGCCGGUGCUGGAGUGUUGGCUUUUACCGACGACAUAAAAUAUGGAUACGAAGCCACAGAACGGGCGGGCAGAGUUGCCACGACCCUGGCUAUCUGCAUCAACGACUACCGAACCUCCUUGAACCGACGCGACAAGGCCGAGGAUCCUGCCGAGCAGGACACCCUGUUGAAACAAUGCCAUAAGCGAUGUGCUGAGCGGACAUUGAGAGUCUUGGAGAAGAAUGGAGGCAUUUUCAUUAAGUUGGGACAGCAUCUGAGCGCAAUGACAUAUUUACUACCAUACGAGUGGACGAGUACCUUCAUACCCUUGCAAGAUAAGUGCCCUGUGUCUUCGUUCGAGUCGAUCGAGGCCAUGUUUCGACGCGAUACCGGCGAGGACCUCAAAGACUAUUUCUCGGAAUUCGCGGAGGAGCCGAUCGGGGCAGCUUCUCUUGCGCAGGUCCAUCUGGCGACUGUCAAGGAUUCCGGCCAGAGAGUUGCCGUCAAAGUUCAGCAUCCCGGACUGGCGCAGUGGGCGCCUCUUGAUAUGAAGCUGACAGCCUUCACCUUCUCGACGCUCAAGCGGUUCUUUCCUGAAUACGACCUGGAAUGGCUGUCGGCAGAGAUGGAAGUGUCGUUACCACAAGAACUAGACUUUCAGCUCGAGGCGGCCAACGCGAUCCGCACACAGCAACACUUUGCACAACGACCAGAGCUGCCCCUGGUGAUACCCGACGUUAUAUGGGCGAAGAAGCGCAUUCUGGUCAUGGCCAAGGAGUCCGGCAGUCGUCUGGACGAUCUCGACUUUCUAGACUCAAACCACAUCGAUCGCGACGAAGUCUCUGCCACGCUGUCACAUAUCUUCAACGAGAUGAUCUUUGGGAAAAACGCGCCUCUGCACUGCGACCCACAUGGUGGCAACAUCGCGAUUCGAAAGACGACCCGGAAAAGAAAAGGGGGUGCCAACUUCGAGAUCAUUCUUUACGACCACGGCUUGUACCGAGUCAUACCAGAAGAUCUGCAGCGCUCGUAUGCCAAGAUGUGGCUGGCAGUCAUUGAUGGAGACAUGGACCGCAUGAAGAAGUACGCCCACGAAGUGGCCGGUGUCACGGAGGAACAAUUCCCCCUUUUCGCCAGUGCCAUCACCGGCCGCGACUACACGGUAGUCCGCUCGUCGAUAACGAAAACGCGGUCCGAAAAGGAGAAGAAGACGAUGGGCGACGCGCUGCAGGAGGGUUUGCUAUCCGACUUAGUCACCAUGCUCGGCCAGGUCCCGCGCAUCAUCCUCCUCAUUCUCAAGACGAACGACUUGACGCGCAGUCUCGAUGAGAACCUGCACACUCGCCAGGGCCCAAUGCGCACCUUCAUGAUCCUAGCGCGCUACUGCGCCCGCACGGUGUUGCGGGAGCAGGUUGAAGAGAUCAGAGAGCGACCCGGAAGCCUGUUCUGGCCAGGAAAUGCGUUUCGGCUCUUGAACGCGUGGAUGGGCUACCUGAGGGUGGAGCUGAAACUCGAGGCAUUCGAGCUCUGGCUGAGCAUCCAGAGGGUCGUAGGACUGAACACCGCGCAGCAAGGAGGUGGCAUCCCCUCUGUAUUAUAG